UAGCCAGCGUUAGCCAGCAUUAGCCAGCAUUAGCCACAUGGUUUGUUGUGUUUGUUUUUCUGUCAGCGUGUUUGUGCCACAGUGCUAGCUAACUCAGCUAGCUAACGUUAGCUAAGUUUCAAGAACACUUAACGUUACGGUUCUUGAAAUGCGUUUUAUGGCACUGUAUUUUAUUACCAGCGCGGCAUACUGAUUCAAAAUAACUAUAUGUAAAUGAUGCAAGAGCUGGCUAAUAAUUCAUUGAUAAGGUUAGCUGCUGCACAGAAGAGCAAAGGUAUCAUUGCAACAGUGAAUGACUCACUGCAUGCCUGACAUAAUUUGACAUUUGUAAGCAUUGCAAACAGCCAACUGUGUGAUGUAGGCGGGGGUUAGUGAUCCUAAUGAACUAAGACACUGGAGCUAACCUCAAUGCUUUGUAUGUCACAUUUAUUACCACAAACACACAAGACUUGUGUCCACACACUGCCACUGUGAUGGCUUUGUAGGAGAGCAAGUGUCUGUUAUUGUACCCCUGCAGUAUGAGGUAGCAUCAGGUGGUGAUGAGCAGGCCUGCUGUCAACAUGGGUCCUUUGUUCAGCAAACUGGUGGGGGCCACCAGACGGAGGUGCUGAGGGGAACCACUGGCUGUGACUGCUGAUCGCAGAGGAGCAUGAGUCAUGACCUCAGUGGUACUGGUCGACACUGGUGGGACGGUGGUGGAGUAUGUCACAGCCGAAGAGGACCCCCAGCAGGAGGGAGAGUGCGAGGUGGACGAGGAGCUUGAAGGAGAGGUAGAAGGUGAGUGUGAAGCUGAGGAGGCCUAUGAAGAAGUACAGGACAGGGAGGAGGCUCAGGACUACCCGGCAGUCAUAGUAGAGGAAGUACCCGGCGCCAGCCUGGCCGAGGAGCAAGGUUACUCAGCCCAGGUGUUGGUGUACGAGGACGAGGCCUACCUGAUGCAGGAAGUGGGAGAUGAACAAGAAGUGGAGACAGAAGGGGAGGCAGUGGAGGCCUCUGUCCAUGGCACCAGUAUCCACUGCUCUGACAAGACCUUUGAGGCUGCUGAGGCUCUGCUACGCAUGGAUUCACCUUCCAGCCUCAGAGAAGACCGUAGCCCAGAAGCCUUUAUUCCACCUUACGUAGCGACACCGAACUUCCUUCACGCUGCCAUGCGUCCAGAGAUGAUUGCAGAGACAGAGGUGGAGAUAUCGACAGAGGAGUGCUGCGAUGACGAAGAUGAGGAGAUGGUCACCCUACUGGAGGAACCAGAACCAGAGCACGGCCACGAGCCUGUCAGGAAGAGGAGAGCUGGACGGAAGCCAAAAACGCAUCAGUCAGCUAUUUCCAACGGUUCACCGGACCUCGGCAUCAAGAAGAAACCAAGAGAAGGGAAAGCAGGGAGCACCACCUACCUGUGGGAGUUCCUGUUGGACCUCCUCCAGGACAAAAACACUUGUCCCAGGUACAUCAAGUGGACCCAGAGGGAGAAGGGCAUCUUCAAGCUGGUUGACUCAAAGGCUGUGUCCAAGCUGUGGGGCAAACACAAGAACAAGCCAGACAUGAACUAUGAGACAAUGGGACGGGCACUUCGAUAUUACUACCAGCGUGGCAUCCUCGCCAAGGUAGAAGGCCAGCGGCUGGUUUACCAGUUUAAAGAGAUGCCCAAAAACAUAGUCAUCAUCGACGACGACAAGGCAGAAAUGCCCGGCCCUGACGACCUGAACGGCUCAGAGGCCGUCGCAUCCUACGAGCGCGUGCUGCCCUCGCCAGACAUGCUGCUGCAGGCGACCGAGCUGUCGUCCUCCAAGAAGCCCAACAUCCUGCGGGGUGGGAACAGGGCCCACAUGGUCCAAGCUCCUGUCGCCACAGGCAGCAAGGCACUGGCGGGAGGUGGUGCAACGGUGGCGGCGGGCGUGCCAAGGAUAGUGACCGUUUCAACCGCACCAGAUGGGAGUCAGCAGUCUCAUACGGCCAUCUUCUCCAACGCCACUGGGCCCAGGACGGUGCGGGUCGCUAUGCAGGUGCCCGUAGUCAUGACAACAUCGCUGGGUCAGAAGAUCUCCACCGUUGCUGUGCAGCAGCCGGCAGGAACGACGGGGGCAGGCGGCCACACUACCCUCCUCGCCAAUACAUCUGCUCUAGGGGCCGCUGCUGGUAACACCAACUCGCAGCAGAAGGUUGUGAUCCAGACUAUUCCCACCAUGGUCCCAGCCACAGCAGAGAACGGAGACAAGAUCACUGUCCAGCUGGCCAAGAUCAUCACAAUCCCAGCUCACCAGUUAGCUCAGUGUCAGCUCCACACCUCCACAGGCACAAACAAGCCCAGCAUCGGGGGCUCCCCAACGGGUAUCAGCCUCAUUGGGAGCCCCCUAACGGUCCGGGCCCUGGCACCUGUCAACGUCGCCCCGGGAACACAAGUGAUGAGACUCACCGUACCGACGCAGACGCAACAACAGACUCUGGUGGUGUCACAGCCGGGUAGCGGGGCGGGGGUUGUAACGGUAUCGACAGCCAAUCAGACGGUGAUGGCACAGCCUCGGAUCAUAAGCGGCGUCAUUAACGGUUCGGAGCUGGUGAUAGGAGCACCAGCAAGCGGAGCGGUCGCGGUAGAGAAGCUGAAGGCAGCAGGGGUCCAGGUCCAAGCUGUGCAAGUGCCAGUGACGGUCGCAGUCCAGCAAAACCAGAUGAAUCCCAAAACAUCAGCGGCUGUGGACGCUGUGGACGCCGAGGUGGUUAUCAAACUGGAAACACCCGACAUGACGAUAAAGACGGAAGAGCCCGAGUGUUGAAAUGCACAAAUCUACCGAUGUCCAUCUUUUCCUUCUGUCAGAGAGGGAUCGUUUGUACAUGUCUGACGUCAUUUUUUACUCUUGUAAUAACCAGCAGCAGUCUGUGAGACUUUAAAGACUCCUGAAGGCCUGUUUUUAGUCCUGAACCUGUCCUCACAUCUUCCCCUGUUGCUGCCUAGAACUUUACUGAACUAAGCCGGUCUCCCUCAGAACCACACUGAAACCUCUGAGUGUUGUGUACAGGGUUCAAAAACAGACUUUAAAGGAACUUGUUGGGAAAGGUAAAGGGACCAACCUUGAUCACUACAAUUCAUGCCUUCUAAAUGGAUCGCUAUAACUGACUCAAAUUUGGAGGGUAAAAGGAAAGAACCUUGAAAAUACAAAAAAAAAAACAACAACAACCAUGAAACACUACAAAACGAGGCAAAUAAUUACAACUAACCAAAAUGUGAACUAUUGAAUAAAAAACAAGUAGACACAGUGGGGCUGAGGGGGUAAAUGAAGAUUUUGUAGAAACAUUUAUCAUUUUGUCUCUACAGAUGCUAAAACCAGCAACUUAUAAUUUUUUUUAAAAAACUUGUAUCACUGUGCAGAUCAAAUGGGGGUGGUGCUAUGCGAGUCCUAAAAGUGUGAGAGGAAGUGGAGUUAUAAGAAGCUCUUAACAAGGAACGAUAUCAGACAGAAAAUGGUCAUGUAUGUACAUAUAUAUAUAUAUUAUCUACUAUACAGUUUACGGAGCUAAAGUUAACGGAACAGCCUUAGAUUUUAAUUUUGACUUUUUUUUUCAUGUAUUGUCUGAACAGUAAGCUGAGAUUUGUUUUUGUGUUUUGAUACCUUGCACCAAGCACAGUAUUAUUGAAACUAGGGGAACCAAUAUUUGUAUUAUUAUUAGUUCCUCUGUCUCUGUCAGGCUGGUAAACGCUCAUGUAGAUUGAAUCUUACAGAAGACAAAGCAACAUGUUUUAGAUCAGUGGCCAGGUUGCUUGCAGUGUGCCCUCCAGCGUCUAGGGAAAUAUCUAGAAUUGAAUUUCAGACUUAUUUUAUAAAAAAAGGAUCUUGGCUAUCACUCAAUUCUUUCACUUUUUGACAGACGUUUGCUCUUGUCACAACCCAACUCAGUCUGGCUGCAUGGAAAGCUGAUGGAUGAGCUCUGAGCUGUGCCAUGUCUCGAAAAAAGGAAUGUAUGUAAACUCAGAUCGAGAAUAAAACGAAGCAAUUGUUUUAAUUAUUGAAAGAGAGGCAUUGAAAAUCACAAGUUUAUGUAAAAUGUCUGCAAGAAUUCUCAAACCACUGUGUAUCCCAGCUUCACUUUACUUCUGGCUUAAAACAGAGGGUCAAUUUGCCAGCAUACUUUUUAUUUUUUUGCCAUUUUGGCCCUGCCCCUAUACUUUAUUUUAUUUUUUUUGUAUCUAAAAAGAGGGAAGAUGGAGAGAAAGAUGUUUGUGUUCAGACUGAACUGUUUGUAUAUUCAACAUUUGAAGUAUAUUCUAUUUUGCUGUACUCUUGUUUCAAAGUGUAUUAGAUUUUACUGAAAUAUAUAAAAAGACAUUUGAAACCUCA